UUUAGUUCUUAUAUUUAAUUAUUUCAGGUAUAUGUUGGGUAAGUUGGGAUGAGAUUGUCAAGAUAUGGGGUGCAUUCUAGCCCAGGGUCUCACCUUCUCUGUCCUUCCCUCAGGAGGCAUCCACUGCAGCUAUUAGAUAUGACUGGACUCCUGGAUUAUGGCUAUGAGGAAGACCUAAAAACUAUGAAAAUGUGGGCCCGUACCAUGACCAUGGCCCAAACUGGCAUUUGCCACCUCUUGGAGAAAGUUGAGCAGCCAAAUGAAAGCCCCAACAAGUGCAGGAAGGUCGAGGACCUGCCAUGCACACUUCUCCCUGUGGAAGUGCGUGUAGAUCUCUGGGUGACCCCCUCCUCCAGUGGCUUUUUAAAGCAGGCCCUGCAGAAUAAUGCUGUCAGCCCCCUGCGCUUGUGCUGCCGGGAUUUCCGAGCUGAAGACCUUCCACCAGACAUCACUGUGGAUCUCCUGGGGCUAUUGGACCACUCAAGCUUACGCCGCCGACUAGAUCUGUCCUUCUUUACUCUGGAAGCCGGGGGUGUGUGGGAGAUCGUAGCUUCCAUCAUGAAGUUCACUAAUCUGCUGAGCUUGAAACUUCAGUACAGCAACAUGGAUGUGUGGCGGCUCUGGGCCAUGUUGGAAGGCACCUUCAGCUUCUUGGCUUCAGAGAUGAGUAAGCUGAAACGCCUCAAGAAGCUUAAUCUGGGCACCUCGUGGCUCUCGGGCCAGCUUCGGCAGCUGCUUAGUGGCCUACAGUGUCCCCUGGAAAGCCUGGAACUUCCUGUCUGCUACCUGCUGCCUGUGGACUUGAGCUACUUGUCCCAGAGUCCACAUGCUCCCCACCUCAAGAAGCUAGACCUCAGUGGCAACAACCUGUCAGGUGAUCUCUUGCCCCCUUUCCAGGCUCUUGUAGGGGAGGCCUCAGCCUCCUUGCUGUGUCUGAAGGUGACAGAGUGCCAGCUCAUGGAUGUUCACCUCAUUAGUACCCUACCACUUCUGUCCCGCUGUACCCGCCUACGCUAUCUUGGUCUCUAUGACAAUCCCCUUUCUAGCAUUGGGCUGAAGGCCUUGCUGUCUCGCUCUGAGGUAAUGCCUGACCUCCAGCUGGUAGUGUACCCAUUUCCUGUGGACUGCUAUAAGGACCUGCCUGGUGUGCCCCUUUCUGCAAACCUCUUGGAGGACUAUAUUGAUGAGGAGAAAUUUGCUCAGGUUCAGGGAGAGAUGCAUCAGAUGUUAAUAGCAGCAGGUAGGGCUGAUGUGCUGUGGACCACAGAUGUCUAUGGCCCAAACAUGCCCGACUACUUUAGCUUGUGACAGGAAGGCUGCCUGCCAGGGACAGGGAGGCCCUUGCAGUCAUCCAUUCCCCCUGGGCCUGGCAGGAGAGCCUCCUCACCUUCUGGGCUGCAUGUCUUGGGGAUAGGUAGGGAGCCACAAAGCCUUUGCUCUCAUUGCCUGCCAUCUUCAGACAAGGGAAUGGGGCUAACUAACAGGGAAGCUCCAACCUGUGCCUCACCUGAAGGGUCCUUGAUAAGAAUAACAAGUGUGAAUGAGGAACUCUUAGCCAGUGGAGUAGGCCCAGUAUUCUGGCACCCCAUUCAGUCAGUGAAUUGUUCCUGUGGGAAGGGCAUAGUUCUUUCUGUCUUCCUCAGUGAGUGAAGGGAA